AUGACCAGCCCCCCCUCAGCCACUCAGGUCUGGACCAAAUGUGCAGUUAGGGUAGACUACGUGAUUGUUGUAACAGUGGAUUCUGGACAGGAUGCCAUUCUGACAUGUCAGGCUGCUGAUUCCUCCAUCAGAGCUGUAGAGUGGAGCAGACCUGACCUGAAGCCACAGUAUGUCCUCUUUUAUAGAGAUGGACACCUGGAUCCAACCUACCAGCAUCCAUCCUUUAAGGACAGGGUGGACCUGGUGGACAGAGAUCUGAAGGACGGAGACGUGUCUUUAAUUCUGAAGAAUGUGAGCAGCAUCGACACUGGAACAUACCAGUGUCGAGUGGCAACAGAUAGUUCAAGAUGGAAAAAGAGAGCCAUUAUUGACUCUGUCCCAAUCAGAAUCAUCCAUCUACAGGUUACAGAGCCAGGUUCCGAGGAUGGAAGCUCAAUGAAUGAUGUCCCUGGUGAUGGAAACUCCUCUCCUGUAGGCCUAUACGUUGGACUGGCAGCAGGUGGACUGCUUCUUGUAGCUGUUGUUGCAGUGGUUGGUGUCCUGUGCCGUACCCGUUCGCUUGUGGGCAUGAUUGUUAAACUCCAAUUUCACAAUGUCAUGCCCAGGGUAUGGGUUCAGUACAACCACCUCCCUAAAUCCGGCACUAUCCCCAUCUGA